UCCGUGCCCGCGCGCCUCAGCUGACAGCACCGAGAUGGCGGCGGCGCGUCACGGGGAGGUCGGCGCUCGCCUCAGCUGAGAGCGCCAAGAUGGCGGCGUUGCGGGACGGGGAGUUCGCCGCCCUGCAGAGCCUGCUGAAGGCACCCUCGAAGGACGCCGUGCGGCAGCUGUGCCAGGAGUGUUUCUCCAGCUCACCCGCCGGCCUCGGCCCGCUGUCGCAGCGCGCCUGCCCCGGCCUCACCGCCGACCUCGAGGCAGCGGAGCAGCUGGUAUCUGCUUUGCAUAACCUCACCAGACACGUCGUGUACCGUGGCUUGACAAAGGCAGAAGACGUCCUCGCGCUCUUUCCCGAAAACUUCCAUCAAAAUCUAAAAAACCUUCUGACUAAGAUAAUCUUGGAGAACAUCUCUGCUUGGAGGAAUGAAGCACAAGCGAGUCAGAUCUCCCUGCCUCGGCUGGUCGACAUGGACUGGAGGGUGGACAUCAAGACAUCUUCAGACAGCAUCAGCAGAAUGGCAGUUCCUACUUGCCUGCUUCAGUUAAAGAUGCAGGAAGAUACUGCCUUAUGUGGAAAUAGUCCUGUUGUUUCUGCACUGACUGUGGAACUGAGCAAAGAAACCCUAGACACUAUGUUAGAAGGUCUGGGAAGGAUCCGGGACCAACUUUCUGCUGUUGCAAACAAAUAAAUACUCAAGGACAUGGAUUCCAGCAGUGAGGAAGGGAAGUAUUCUCCACCUAUACCUCUCACAAGUGGCAGCCUAGCAUAACAUGUUUCCUGUUGUAGCAAAACAAAAUCAAAGAGAUUUCUUGAUUAAGAUAGUUGUUGAAAAGCUAACACUUAAACAUUCCUUUGGUCUGAUGCCAGAAAGUGUUUUCCUAAGAUGUUGUUGAACAAAAGCUGGUCUCUAUUUUAGACUAGGAUUUGAGGUCUCAGAGCUUGGCUUAAUCACAAGGAUCAUAACUGGAAACAGCAAAUAGCUGCAGCCAGUGAAGCAAGUGCUAUCUUUCUGCCCUGAAAUUAGGAUCUAAAAGGCUUAAGCUGUUUGAUGUGUUGCCUUCCAGCACUAGCAGAAAGGAAGGGUGCUUCUCUGUGGAAUGUGCAUGUACUAAGGUGCAUGCUGGAUAUAGCAGUUUCUCCCUCUCAAUGAAACACUGCCGUGCUGCAGUUUGUUCUUACAUGCUAAUGCUUUGAAAUAGGGCAAUUACGCUACAACACAUUCCCUCCCAAUCAGCUUCAUAGCACCAUUUGCAAAAUGACUAGCCUGAAUAUCUUUAGCAGCAAGUAGUUUCCUCUUUCUGUUUGAAAAGAAAAAAAGAGAGUUCAGAUAAUUUGUGUUUGGGUUUCUUAUGCUCUGGGGUUUGCCUUCACUGCACGAAAGACUAGGACAGUAAAAAAUUGAUGGCCAUUUUCUGUACACUGGAGGAAAUCCUUCUGUGGCAAUAUGUGCCUAUACUUCCCCAAAGUGUUCUGCUGUUUGUUUAUUUAAUUCUUCCUUUAAUUAAAAAAUGAACUGAUAA